CUCACUUUGUUGGCAGAAAGCAGAUGCCAUUGGGGGCACAAAAAAACAUGGAUAUUAUAGUUUUGGCCAUCGCUAUCCUCCAAGUGUCGUCAGUCUUCAGUGAGCAAGAUGUUUGGAAUACAUGUCCUACGAGGAAUGAAAACCCAGUGGGGCAGACUUGCCAGAAGGCUUGCACACAUCAUGGGGAAUGCGCAGGAAAGCGACAGUGCUUAUGCGACGGUGACUGCGGCAUGAGUUGUAUCUUAAUCCGCAGUUGCCCUUGGCCUGUAGCUAUAGAGAAUGCCGAGACGAGGCUCGUGACAGAAUCGAAAAACUUUGGGGACGAGAUGUUAGUAAUGUGCCAGCCUGGAUUCAAAAUGGCAGCUGGACAAGAGAUGACACUUAGCCGUUGUCAAGGAGACAGGAAGUGGAGUGUAACCGCAGCCUGUGAAGAAACGUUUUGCCCACCCCCUCCAGAGAUUAAAGAUGGUUAUCUCGUGGCAGUUAAAAAGCAAGAGUAUGAGGUAUCUGAGGUGAUCUAUUAUUUGUGCCAAAAGACCUUCUAUCUGGAUGGUUCCAACAGUGUUACCUGCCAGACUAACGGCACAUGGUCACAGACCCCACUGUGCAGAGCUCGGUGUAAAAUACCUGCACAGAGGAGCCGGGUGUUGUACAAUGGAAAGAAGUUGUGGAUCACAGAAAUCCCUGAGGCUCUAGUGACUCACUUUGAAGAAGUCACAUUUUUCUGCCGAAAUAAGAACCAACAGUGCAGCUAUCCCGCUCCAUCCCGAUGUUUCGAUGGAGUAUUGCCGGUCCCAGAGUGCUAUGAAGAGCCCACAUGGAUACAGUACAAUUUCUUCCCCAAAAAUGUUGUGUCGGAAAUAACGUCAUGCCAAGAAUCCUAAAAGAGCUCAAGGA